GGGUCAGGAGGCAGCGAUGAACGAGGCUCUCGUUCACUUCGAGGCCACGCUGGAAGCCGCUGUAAGGGAGGUGCACGUGGACGUUAGUGCUUUCAAGCACCGCAUUGAGCAGAGGAUUGAGGAAAUGUGCAUUUCCAAUGGACCUUUGGCUGAGGCGGUUACCAGACUCCAGGAGGAGAACCUGCAGCUCAGGGCAAAGCUGGAGGCCCUCAGCCACCUGGUGGAGGGUCUCUCAGGGGUGAAGACUGAGGCGAAAGGGAAGAGCAAGGAGCAAAGACUAGAGAACGGCCAUGUACAAAUUCAAUCCAAGAGCCAGGAGGAGCAGAAGGGUCUGUUUAACUCUGAAAACAACCAGCCGGGUCAGUCCACGUCCUACGAAGCGUCUGGGUUCAGUGGAGGAUCGAGCCAAGCUGCUACCCCAGCCCCUCCUCCGUGGAGAGCAAAGAGAAAUGCUGAGAUUAAUGGAACUGAAGCAAGAGGGGAGAAGAAUAUCGCUCAUGUAGCCACCACCGCGCAAGAGAAACAGGAAGACCCUGAUGUAACCCAGACUGCAGAAGCUGCUCCUCAGUCCCACCGAGCUCUGACUGCCAUCGCCAAACCGAACUCAGAGUCUUCAUCUGUGGAAACGCCCAGCAGGCCUGAUGCUGAUGAACCCCAGCCUCAUCUUCCGGUGACGGCCAUGACAACUAGAGCCAGUUCAGAGGCAGCUAAACCCGCUCAGUCUGCAGCACCUAAAGCAGCAGGCGAAGCCGGAGAAUAUCCUUUUAUAAGAGGUGGAGCGAAGGAACAAAGGCCCCAGGCAUCCCAGGAUCAGUCAGCCUCUGUGUCUCAGACUCUCCCCCAUCUUCCUCUCACAGUGUUAACCAAAAGCAGCUCUGACACUCCUGCUUCAUCUAAAUCUGAUCCCAAAGCGGUUUCAGGGCCAAACCCUUCGAUGCCAGAGUCACCGACGAUAAAGCGCGGCGAAUAUCCAUUUAGACGUGACACCGGUGAAGCAAAGCCCCACUCGCCUCUCUCUGCCAUGACCAAACCCAACACGGAGUCUUCUUCGUCUGCUUUAACGGUUCAGUCUUCAAGCCUUUCAGCUUCACAGGACGCUGCAGUGAAACCCGGAGAGUAUCCCUUUAAACGUGUGCCAGUACUUAAGACACCCAGCCCCAGUUUAAAGAGAAGUGUGAGCUUCCCUCAGUCUGCAGAAAAAUUACUUCCCUCCAAAUCAAUCAUAAAAUCUGGCUUCUCACCUAAUUUGGAGAAGCGAGCGAACAAGCCAGUGGGGGGCGACUUUAAGCAGGACAUGAUGAAGUCCCAAACGCUUCCACGCUCCAAUGGCGCUCAAGCAAAGCGAGCCUUGUUUGAAAGGAUGAACUCAGAGCCUAUAAAGCCAAAAGACUCAAAGCCUAAACUGAAGCGGUCUCAGAGCUUUGGCGUGUCCAGUGCCAGUGGUAUAAAACAGAUCCUCUUGGAGUGGUGUCGCUCCAAAACCAUUGGCUAUCAGAACAUAGAUAUUCAGAACUUCUCGUCCAGCUGGAGCGAUGGGAUGGCCUUCUGCGCCCUGGUCCACUCCUUCUUCCCUCUGGAGUUUGACUACAACUCUCUGGACCUUUCAAACCGCAAACACAACUUAGAGCUGGCCUUCACCACCGCAGAAGAGCAGGCUGACUGUCUGCGUCUGAUCGAGGUGGACGACAUGCUGGAGAUGGGGGACAAGCCAGACCCCAUGUGUGUGUUUACAUACGUCCAGUCUCUCUACAACCACCUGAAGAAGUUUGAAUAACUCUUGAAUCAGAGCACGUCCCGAAGCCUACGCGGCGCUGACCACGGUGUGCUGUGAACACUUUGAGCCUAAAGUGAAGCAAGCUAACAGGAAGUCUCAGUUGUCUGUGGCCAAUCACAAAUAUGUUCAUCAGUUUUAUACUGUGUGUGUGUACCUGUACUCACCUGCUUCCCACAGUUUCUUCAGGAUUUAUAGUGGAUUUCUUAAAAUGUCGUUUCCUGUGGCUGUUUCACAUCAAAU